CACGAGGCUAACCACGGAUUACCACCAAGUUGCUGUAGCCUUUGAUCUCCUCUUUGGCCGCUCUUUCCGCUGCUUGUCCGAAUAUGCCCAAGGAACGCAACUAUAACCCCGUGCAAGCCCAGCGCAAAGCUGACAAGGCCAAAGCGAUCAAGAAGGGGAAGACCGAGGCCGUAGCACGCCGAAACGAGAAGCUCGGAAAGCGAAACCCAGAACGGAUUCAAUCACAAAUCGAUGAUCUCAAACGAAUCACAUCUUCCGGAGGCAAGCUCACGAAGCACGAAGAGACUGUACUAGAAGGCCUUGAGCGAGACUUAAAGGCCGUCCACAAGGCGAGAGAAGCGCUUGGGGAGAAUGCACCGACUUUCAGUCGCGGCGGUCCUCAAACCGGAGGCUACGGAGAGAAUGGUGUGCUGGGCAAGCGAAGACGAGGUGGUGAAGAUGCUUCAAGCAGCGACAGCGACGUGCCAGACGACGUCAAGAGCAUACCUAUGCCUCGAGACACCCCGCCCCCGAUCCCUAAAGAAGUGAUGGACAAAUGGUACGCAAAGCGCAGAGAGAGACGUGCGAAGUCAAACGCAAACCCGAACGAGACACCCCUUGGAGAAAGGGGAGGAAGGCCGGUACCGCGUGGAGAGACACGCAAACAAGCUGCGCCUCCCGUGGAAGUCAAGACAGUAUACGAAGCCAAGCCUGUGAUCCGCGAUUUGAGGAAGGAGGCCGUCACUGCCUUCGUGCCGACUGCUGUCAGGAUGAAGAUGGAGAAGGGUCGAGGUCGAGGUGCACUGCUGGAGCCCGAGGAGGCCGACCAACUGGAACGAGAAGGAUAUCUGAAGACUCAAUCCAGACCAGAGGCUGCACCAAAAGGGAUGCACAAUGUCACCAUGGAGGACGCUGAAGACGAUGAGGCUUAACCGACCGAAAAUUUGGCUGCAUCAACCCAUGAGCUAUGGACCGAUGAUGCUACAAAUGUGCAAUAUUGCGACAGGUUUACUCUUCAAGAUCACUCAGCCAGGCUUAAUUGAGUAUUCUCUACGACCUCAUCGGAAACUUCUUCCAUAUUUUAGAUGCGGCCUUGAUGGAAAUGUGUCAAUUCACUCACGCCUUUGCGCCUCCCCGCAUUCAACCUCGCGUUUCGCAAAAAGUCUAGUUGUUGGGGGUCUCGACAAUAGCCGGCAUGCCGGUAGAUACCAAUAGCGCCUGCAGCGUGAUAAUAGUGUGUGUUCGGUCUAGUAGCAUGCCCC